AUGGACCAGCCUCCCGCAACAAUUGUUGAUCACCGCAUGGACUUCUUGGGCACUUACGUCCAGAAAUCUUUAAAACUCAAAACGGAAAAAUGGACGAGGGUUAUGACUACGGAAGAAUACAAGGCGAUGGUGAUGAAAUUUCUAGAAAGAUGUUCGCCGAAUUUGUUGGUGAUUAUUGUGACUCCAGCAGCUCAGCUUGUUCCAUCAAAUGGGUUUCCUUUGACCCAGUUAAAAAGCAAAGGUGUCUACUUCAUCAAAAAGGAGCCCCACCCUGUAUGCAAAUCUACCCCAGGUCUCUCUGUCAUUGUUGGAGAUUUAUCUCCAAAAAUUAUCGACCAGCUGGCAUCUCUUGUAGAUGAAAUCUUAGUUCCAUUACUGUCAAACUCACAAAACCAUGGACAGUGGCCUGUGGUAAUAGCCAAGGACGUCCACAAGCACGUACACAGUUUAAGAAGUACGGUAUACCAAGUAAAGGGUCAAGUAAACGGACAGACUGUCUUACCGAUGCCUGUUGGAGUGGAAAGAGUUGCAGAAGUUGAAAAAGCAGCUGCGGAAAGUAAUGGUCAAGUUUGCGAUUUGUAUUUAAAAAGUGGGAUUGAAGGAGUUGUCAUGAAAUGGGCUGCUCAGAUUAAUGAUGUUUUAAUAAACGAUUCUUCAGAACGAGUAUUAAAUCCUGUACCUUCUGUCGAAAUUGAAUUUUGGAGUCAGCGUUUAAGAAACUUACAAUACAUUUACAAGCAACUCAGGGAACCAAAAGUACGAAGUAUGGCGUCAAUUUUGGAAAAAACUCACAGUGCUUACUAUGUUUGCUUUAAAAAUCUUUUCAAAAAUGUAGUAAUCGCUCUAGCCGAAGCCAAAGAUGUCUAUUUGCAUCUAACACCACUUAAGAAGCACAUAACUGCUUUGGAAGAGGUGGAUUUUAGCGAAUGCAUACCUCUGUUGGCUCCGGUGAUGCACGUGGUUUGCAUUAUUUGGGCUACAUGUGAAUCAUAUGAUCAAGUCAAAUUCAUAACUUUAUUAAAACAAAUCUGUAAUUUAUUGAUUCUCGAGGCUAAAAAAUUCUUGGAUCCCACUACGUUAUUUCAUAGUGAUAUAGACGAGGCUAUGCAGAGAGUAGAGCUCUGCAUAAAAACGUUAAAACAAUUCAUGAGCUUGUUUAAAAUUUAUAAACUAAAUUUACCGAGAUUCUUCAAAAAUCGGGCUCCGAAUUUAUGGAACUUCGAUACGAACUUGGUUUUCCAAAGAUUUUUGGCGUUUUCUGAAAGACUGCAAACCAUCCAGUGGUUUUUUAAUACAGUUCUAGAAUUUAGUAAGCUAGAAAAAGUUGAAAUAGGCGGAAUCAAAGGGAAAAUUCUUAGUUCGAGGGUGACAGUAAUUUUUGGCGAGUUUCAGCAGUGCUACUCCAUUUUUUCUGGAAAAUCUUACGACGUUUUGGAUCCAGACGAUCCAUCUUUCCUCGACGACUUUCAAAUCUUUAAACAACGAAUUUUCGAGAUGGAUAUGAAACUUGCUGCGAUCCUUUGUCAAGCCUUCGAGGAUUGCUCUAAUUUAGACAGUGUUUUCAAAUUGAUCAAUAUCUCAGGUUGUUUGCUAGAAAGACCUAUAGUUAAGCUGGAAUUUACAAAGAAAUACAUACAAAUAACUGAUAUGCUCAAGGAGGAAGCUAGAAUGGUCGAGAACGCUUUUGAAGAACAAAUUAAUUACAAAAAUAAAUUUGGCGAAUUUAUCCUUGAUAAGUACGUCCCUCCUCUGACGGGGACAUUAAGAUGGACACGUAAUUUGGAAGAAAGAAUCUCUUCAGUUAAAACAAAACUCCAGAGUAUACAUCAUCCUAUGAUUAAGGAAGCGAAAACAGUGGAGGUGAUUGAAACAUUUGAUAAAAUUACCGAAAAUAUCCGAAAGGUUUCUCAAAAAGCACUGGUAGAUUGGGCCAACUCAAUCGAAAACCAAAUCGAAGAUAACUUAGAGUUAUGUCUGCUAAUCCGAAAUCAAAAAAAUAAAGAGCUAUAUCUCAACUUCAAACCGCAGCUAUCAGGUAUCCUAAGGGAAGUCCACUAUUUGAAGCUCAUGAACAUAACUGACAUACCUGAAAAAGCUCUCAAGUUAGCGGAAAGGAACGAAAUAUUCCGUAAAUAUAUUUCAAACUUAAACUCCACUAUAGCUUGGUACAACAAAAUUAGAAGAACCACGAAAAACGUCGAGUUUGACUUGAUUAAAAAUGAAAUUGGCGAAAUUGAUGGGAAAAUUUGUUUGGGUCAGACUGGCCUUAACUGGAACUCAAAUGAUUUGUGGGAUUACAUCAUGAAUCUUCACAGCCUAGUAAAGAAUCUCCAGGAUAAUUUGGGAAAGUGUCAAGUUAACUUAAAUAGCAUAAAAUCAAUUCUAAUACCCUUUGCAAGGAAGCCUUUGUUUGAAAGAAAAGACGGCAAAAAAGAUACGUUUUUAUGCAUUGAAGAUAGAGAUGAACGAAUUGCGAGAAGACAUUCAGAAAUAACUGAAGCAACAGAAACCAUACACACACUUUUAGAGAGUAAUUUGAAACUCUUUGGUAUGACUGAUAAAACAGAAUGUCCUGAGUGGAUAAACUAUAUUGAUUUCGUUGAUAAAAUUGUCUUAAGUUAUUUGUAUCAAUCUAUAGGAUACAGUUUGGGCUACAUAAACGAACACAUGGAUGCUUCCAAUAAUUUAGCACCGUUAUUCGAAUCGCAAAUGUUUUUGAAGGAACCAGAAAUAAUGUUUGAACCUUCUUUAGACCACAAUGCUCUGGAUGGGUUUAGUUCCCUGAUAAAUGGAUUGAUACAGGAUAUUUUAGGCACUGCAUUUAUUGUAUCUCGUUUAUCCAAAACUAAUGAGAAAUCCUACAUGGAGGAAAUCGAUAAGAACCAAGAUAUUGUCGAUAUUAAAACUGAUAUUUUACAAAACGUUGAUAAGGUCUUAGAAGAAGCAUACGAAUUUUGUAACGGAUUUCAAAAUUAUUCUUAUCUUUGGUUGGAUGACAGAGAUGAUUACUUAAAACAAAUAUUAACUUAUGGACGGCAACUAACUGGAGAAGAAAUUGAUUUAAUCGCCUUAAGAGAUCCCUAUGCGCCAAAACCUAGCCCUCCAAAAAUGGAGACAUUUCGUGAGCAAAUUGAUACUUUUGAAAAUCUUUAUGCCGAAGUGGAACAAAUCCAAGAAAAAGAAAUAUUUAAUGCUUGGUUUCAGGUUGAUAUCAAGCCUUUUAAACAAGCUCUUUUGAAUACUAUACGUAAAUGGGGUGACAUGUUUAAACAGCAUCUUGUAAAUACUGUUACAAGCAGCCUUUGUGAUUUGGGACAGUUUAUAAGGUCAGCUGAUGAAGGCCUUCAGCAGACUGUGCAAGAAGGUGAUUAUCAAGCUCUUGUUAAUGUUAUGGGAUAUCUGCUUCAUGUUAAAGAACGCCAAGCAACUACGGAUGAAAUGUUUGUACCGUUACGAGAAACCAUUGAACUUUUAAAGUUCUAUGACCAAGAUAUUCCUGAAGAAGUUAAUGUGUACUUACAGGAGUUACCUGAACAAUGGAACAAUACCAAAAAAAUUGCAAUUACCAUCAAACAGCAACUAGCUCCACUCCAAGCAGCUGAAGUUACUUGCAUAAGAAAGAAAAUUCUUGAGUUUGACAGUAAAGUCAUCAUAUACCGCGAAGUUUUCAAGAAAUAUACGUUUUUUAAGUAUUCAUGUCCUGAACCAUACAAUACAAUUGACAGGAUCGACAAAGAUCUUCGAAAACUAGAAAACGAAAUGAGGUCAAUUCACGAAUCGGGUUCUCUCUUUGAAGUAAAUGUCCCCGAUUUUAAAUUAUUGAAGCAAUGUAGGAGAGAUAUCAGAUUACUAAAGCAAUUAUGGGACUAUGUGCACAUAGUUCACACAUGUGUCAAUGACUGGAAAACGACGCCUUGGCGAAAAAUAGACGUAGAAAACAUGGAUAUAGAAUGUAAAAAGUUCGCAAAAGAAAUUAGGAUGCUCGACAAGGAAAUGAGGGGAUGGGACACGUACACUGGGCUAGAAGCCACGGUUAAGAACACUUUGACAUCACUCAAAGCAGUAGGGGAGCUUCAGAAUCCAGCCAUUCGAGAAAGACAUUGGGAUCAACUAAUGUUAUCUACAAAGACCCUAGCAGCAAUUCCCCAAGAAUUUAAAGCGAAAAUUGUUAUGGACCACAACACGACUUUGGCCGAUUUGUUAGAACUAAAUCUCCAUGAGUGUGAGGAAGAAGUAAAAAAUAUCGUUGAUAAGGCCGUAAAAGAAAUGUCAAUGGAGAAGAUACUUCGUGAGCUGAACGCUACAUGGUCUACCAUGGAGUUUGAACAUGAAAUACAUCCAAGAACAGGUUGCACGUUGUUGAGAGCUAGCGAGGAGCUUAUAGAGACUUUAGAAGACAAUCAAGUUCAACUGCAGAACUUAAUAACUUCAAAAUUUAUCGCCCAUUUUCUGGAAGAAGUGUCCUCUUGGCAGUGCAAACUAGGACUAGCAGAUCAAGUGAUUACCGUUUGGUUUGAGGUUCAAAGAACCUGGAUGCAUCUAGAAUCGAUUUUUAUGAGCUCUGAAGAUAUUAGGAAGCAACUUCCCGAAGAUUCUGCUAGGUUCGACAUUAUUGACAGGGAUAUUAAAGAGUUAAUGAAAGAUAUGGCUAAAGUCUCGAACGUUGUUGAGUCAACUAAUAGACCCGGACUUCUAGAAGUCUUGGAAGAACUUCAGAAAAAUCUGACUUUAUGUGAAAAAGCUUUGGCGGUUUACCUAGAGACCAAGAGACUUGCGUUUCCUAGAUUCUAUUUCGUUUCUUCGGCGGAUCUGUUGGAUAUAUUGUCAAAUGGUAAUCAACCACAACAGGUUGCAAAACAUUUGACAAAGUUAUUUGAUUCGAUUGCCCGAUUAAAUUUUGAAACUAAAGAAGAUAAAUCUUUAACAAACAUUAUUGAAGGGAUGUAUGCCAAAGAUGGAGAAUACGUAAACUUUUUCGAAAAAACGAACUGUAUUGGUGCUGUUGAGGUAUGGUUAAAUCGAAUCCAAAAUUCCAUGAGGUCCACUAUAAGGCAUUAUAUUGGAGAAGGUGUGCUUUCUUACGAAGAAAAACCUAGAGAUCAGUGGCUGUUUGAUUUCCCAGCGCAGGUUUCAUUGUGUGGAACCCAGAUUUGGUGGACCACCGAAGUCAAUAUAGCGUUUUCUCGUCUGGAAGAAGGUUACGACAAUGCUAUCAGAGAUUACUACAAGAAACAAGUGUCUCAACUUAGUACCUUGAUCUCUUUGUUAUUAGGGGAUUUAACUAAACAAGACAGGCAAAAAAUUAUGACUAUUUGCACCAUUGAUGUCCAUUCCAGGGACGUAGUUAGUAAAUUAAUACAGAGCAAGGUAGAAUCAGCUUUGGCUUUCCAGUGGGUGUCUCAGUUAAGACACAGAUGGUGUGAAAAAGAAAAACAUUGUUUUGCCAACAUUUGUGACGCUCAAUUUAAGUACAGCUACGAAUAUUUGGGGAAUACCCCACGACUGGUUAUCACCCCAUUAACAGAUCGGUGCUAUAUCACACUGACACAGUCGUUGCAUCUAAUCAUGGGUGGUGGUCCUGCUGGACCAGCUGGGACAGGCAAAACCGAAACAACAAAGGACCUAGGAAGAGCUCUUGGUAUCAUGGUGUACGUAUUCAAUUGUUCCGAACAAAUGGACUACAAAUCAUGCGGAAACAUAUAUAAAGGAUUGGCCCAAACCGGUGCUUGGGGCUGUUUCGAUGAGUUCAACAGAAUAUCCGUAGAAGUUUUGUCAGUAGUAGCUGUCCAAGUGAAGUCAGUGUUGGACGCCAUCAAAAAUAGAAAAGUCACAUUCGAUUUUAUGGGAGAUAUGAUAAACUUAGUUCCAACAGUAGGCAUUUUUAUCACUAUGAAUCCCGGAUAUGCUGGUAGAACGGAGCUGCCAGAAAACUUAAAAGCUCUAUUUAGACCUUGCGCAAUGGUUGUGCCUGAUUUUGAGUUAAUUUGUGAAAUUAUGUUGGUAGCAGAAGGCUUUCAAGAAGCCAAAAUCUUAGCUAGAAAAUUUAUAACCUUAUACACGUUAUGUAAAGAGCUAUUAUCCAAACAAGAUCACUACGAUUGGGGACUUAGAGCUAUAAAAUCUGUAUUAGUAGUAGCAGGGUCGUUAAAAAGGGGUGAUCCAGGCAGACCUGAAGAAGAAGUGUUAAUGAGAGCUCUAAGAGACUUUAAUAUACCGAAAAUAGUAACCGACGAUACGCCGGUCUUUAUGGGCUUGAUAGGUGAUUUAUUUCCAGCACUGGAAGUGCCUAGGAAAAGAGAUGCUGAGUUUGAAAGAACUGUAAAGCAAGCGGCCAUGGACUUGAAACUUCAGCCGGAAGAUAAUUUUAUUUUAAAGGUAGUUCAACUGGAAGAACUUCUGGAAGUUCGGCACUCCGUGUUCAUCGUUGGUAACGCCGGCACCGGUAAAACUCAAGUGUGGAAAACUCUCUUUCGAACCUACGUUAAUAUCAAGCGCAAACCAAUCUUUAACGACUUAAAUCCCAAAGCUGUCACUAACGACGAACUUUUCGGAAUCAUUAAUCCUGCUACUAGGGAGUGGAAGGACGGCUUGCUCUCCGUAUUAAUGAGGGACCAGGCGAACAUUUCCGGAGAUAAUCCGAAAUGGAUCAUUUUAGACGGCGAUAUUGAUCCCAUGUGGAUUGAGUCGUUAAAUACGGUGAUGGACGACAACAAAGUUCUCACCCUCGCCAGCAACGAGCGCAUUGCUCUCACUCCCACCAUGCGACUUAUAUUCGAAAUAUCGAAUUUAAGAACUGCAACACCUGCCACGGUCUCGAGGGCGGGUAUUUUAUACAUCAAUGCACAGGAUCUCGGCUGGAACCCCUAUGUCACUAGCUGGAUCGAAACUCGUGACAAUCCAGCUGAAAAAUCCAAUCUUAUAAUGCUCUUUGACAAAUAUAUACCCAUAUGUCUGGAUAACGUCCGAACUAGGUUUAAGAAAAUCACUCCCAUUGCUGAAACAUCUCAUAUAGAAAUGCUAUGUCAUCUUUUGGAGUGUGUUCUAACACCACAAAACACUCCCAGUGAAUGCCCGAAAGACUGGUACGAGUUAUACUUCGCCUUUUGCUGUAUUUGGGCAUUUGGGUCUGCUAUGUUUCACGAACAAGCCACAGAUUAUAGAGUUGAAUUCACUAAAUGGUGGGUAAAUGAGUUUAAAACUGUGAAAUUUCCUUCGACAGGAACUGUUUUUGAUUACUAUAUCGAUGAUGAAACUAAACAAUUUGCUCCGUGGUCUGAAAAACUAACUAGAUUUGAACUAGAUUCAGAUACGCCGUUGCAAGCUGUCCUCGUACAUACAGCUGAAUCUAUCCGCCUGCGAUAUUUCUUGGACAUUCUUAUGGAAAAACGACACCCGGUAAUGUUAGUAGGUAAUGCAGGUUGUGGUAAAACAGUUCUGGUAACUGAAAAGCUAACCACCCUUUCCGAAAAUUAUGCUGUCACGAAUAUUCCAUUUAAUUUUUACACAACCUCUGAAAUGUUGCAGAAAAUUUUAGAAAAGCCUUUAGAAAAAAAGGCUGGACGGAAUUAUGGUCCUCCUGGUAACAAGACUUUGAUAUAUUUUAUCGAUGACAUGAACAUGCCUGAGGUUGAUAACUAUGGAACCGUUCAACCACAUACCUUAAUUCGACAGCAUUUGGAUUACAACCAUUGGUAUGAUAGAAGCCGAUUGACUUUGAAAGAUAUUCGGAAUUGCCAGUACGUUUCUUGUAUGAAUCCUACUGCGGGCAGUUUUACAGUCAACCCCAGACUCCAGAGACACUUCUACGUGUUUGCUGUAAGCUUUCCUGGAACAGAAGCCCUCACAUAUAUUUACCAAGCUAUUUUAAGUCAGCAUCUCACGAAUUCAGAAUAUAAAUUUCCUUCUGUCGUACUAAAUCUAGCCGAAAACAUUGUUGCAGCCACCGUAGCUUUACAUCACAAGGCUUCACAAAUGUUCCUGCCCACAGCAUUGAAGUUUCAUUAUAUUUUCAACUUGCGGGACAUUUCAAAUGUAUUUCAGGGUCUUUUAUUCAGUACUACCGAUUGUUUAAACCAGAACGUAGAUUUAGUAAGGCUUUGGUUACACGAAUGUCAGAGGGUUUAUGGUGACAAACUAAUUGAAGAAAAAGACAUUGAUGCUUUCUUCAAAUUACAGUUAGACGUUUUCAAGAAAAAUUUCGAAGAGAUCGAUGAGUCUUUGGUGUUCGAAAAACCUAUUAUUUAUUGCCACUUUGCUGGGGGCAUUGGAGAACCAAAAUACAUGCCUGUAAUGAAAUGGAGUACAUUAAACAAGCUUUUAAAUGAAGCCAUGUCAAGUUAUAACGACUUAGUAGCCGCCAUGAACUUGGUGCUUUUUGAAGACGCAAUGAUGCACGUGUGUCGUAUAAAUCGUAUACUAGAAUCUCCCAGAGGUAGCUCGUUGCUAGUUGGUGUAGGCGGCAGUGGCAAGCAGUCUUUAUCACGACUGGCAGCCUUUAUUUCGUCAUUAGAAGUAUCACAAGUCCAGUUAAAGAAAGGAUAUGGUGUUACAGACCUAAAACACGAACUAGCUUCUUUGUAUUUAAAGUCCGGUCUCAAGAAUGUCGGAAUUAUGUUUUUAAUGACUGAUGCCCAAGUCCCAAACGAACAAUUUCUUGUUCUUAUUAACGAUAUGCUAGCUUCAGGUGAAGUUCCAGAUAUGUUUCCAGAGGAUGAAGUUGAAAAUAUAAUUGCUGGAGUUCGGAAUGAAGUUAAAGGAGCUGGGAUGCUUGACACUCGCGAGAAUUGUUGGAAGUUUUUCAUUGACCGUGUCAGGAAACAGCUUAAAUUAGUUUUGUGCUUCUCUCCAGUUGGUUCAACGCUACGUGUGCGCUCAAGAAAAUUUCCAGCUAUAAUAAAUUGCACCCAAAUCAACUGGUUCCACGAAUGGCCUCAAGAAGCUUUGAUUUCGGUAUCAUUAAGGUUUCUGCAGGAACUAGAAGUGCUUCCUGAUGAUUUAAGAGAAACAGCCUCUCGAUUCAUGGCUUAUGCACACACCUCUGUAAAUUCUAUAUCGAAAAUUUAUCUACAGAAUGAGAGAAGGUAUAAUUACACCACUCCCAAGUCUUAUUUAGAGCAAAUAAAUUUAUAUUCGAAACUACUAAGACAGAAAUCCAAAGAGCUUUCGUUGAAAGUAGAAAGACUAGAAAAUGGCUUGGAUAAAUUAAAAAGCACUGCCAUACAAGUCGACGAGCUUAAGAAGAAACUUGCUGUUCAAGAGAUUGAGUUAAAAGAAAAGAACGAAGCAGCGGACGCUUUAAUUGAAAUAGUCGGCAUAGAAACUGAAAAAGUGUCAAUUGAAAAGAAGUUAGCAGAUGAGGAAGAAGAAAAAGUGGCCAUGAUAGCCGAAGAAGUCAGUAAAAAGCAAAAAGACUGCGAGGAAGAUCUCUUGAAAGCUGAACCGGCAUUGAUAGCAGCUCAGGAAGCUUUAAAUACACUUAACAAAGCAAAUCUAACAGAACUCAAGUCAUUUGGUUCACCUCCAGGUGCUGUAACCAAUGUUACUGCAGCUGUGAUGGUUCUUCUAGCUCCAGCGGCUAAGAUUCCUAAAGAUAGAAGUUGGAAAGCAGCGAAGAUUACCAUGGCAAAAGUAGAUGCUUUUUUGGAUGCCUUAAUCAACUAUGAUAAAGAAAAUAUUCAUCCUGAGAUUAUUAAAGCUAUUGAACCAUAUCUUAAAGACUCGGAAUUUGAACCAGAAUUUGUCAGAUCGAAAUCUGCUGCUGCUGCCGGCUUGUGUGCUUGGGUUAUUAACAUAAUAAAGUUUUACGAAGUUUAUUGCGAUGUUGAACCCAAAAGAAAAGCUCUCGCAGCUGCUAAUGCUGAACUAGCAGCUGCCCAGGAGAAGCUGAAUUCAAUUAAAAAGAAAGUUGCUUCUCUUGAAUCACAAUUAGCAAAACUGACUGCUGAUUUUGAGAAAGCCACUCAGGAGAAAUUACUGUGCCAAAAAGAAGCUGAUGCUACCAAUGCUACUAUUGCUCUAGCAAAUAGAUUAGUGGGGGGAUUAGCUAGUGAAAAUGUUAGAUGGGCUGAAACGGUCAAUAAAUUCAUGGAGAGUGGUAAAAUGAUGCCUGGCGAUGUAUUACUAACGACAGCAUUUAUUUCUUAUGUUGGCUGUUUUACUAAGCAAUAUCGAUACGAUUUAUUGCAAAAAAUGUGGCUUCCUUUCAUCAAAUCAUUAGAGCCCAAAGUACCUUUGACAGAAGAGUUAGAACCUCUCUCCUUAUUAACUGAUGACACUAAAAUUGCUAAAUGGCAAAAUGAGGGACUACCAAGUGACAGAAUGUCAAUAGAGAAUGCAACAAUUUUAAUUAAUUCUGAUAGGUGGCCAUUAAUGAUUGAUCCGCAAUUACAAGGUAUUAAGUGGAUCAAGCAGAGGUUUGAUGAUCUCAGAGUAAUUCGCUUGGGCCAGAAAGGAUAUCUGGAUGUAAUUGAGAGGUCUAUAAGCCAAGGGGCUACAGUUUUAGUUGAAAAUAUAGAAGAGACAGUUGAUCCGGUAUUAGACACUCUUCUAGGUCGUAACCUCAUUAAAAAGGGAAAGGCAAUCAAAAUUGGUGACAAAGAAAUCGAAUACAAUUCGACUUUCCGACUCAUUCUUCAUACCAAACUAGCUAAUCCACAUUAUAAGCCAGAAAUGCAAGCGCAGGCUACUUUGAUUAACUUCACAGUCACUAGAGAUGGCUUGGAAGAUCAACUUUUAGCUGAAGUGGUGAAAGCUGAACGGCCAGACCUGGAAGAACUGAAAGCCGAUCUGACCAAACAGCAAAACGAUUUUAAAAUCAUGUUAAAAACCCUCGAAGAUGAUCUCUUGUCUCGUUUAUCUUCUGCUGGUGGCAAUUUGCUGGGUGAUACGACUUUAGUUGAAAAUCUUGAAACUACCAAACGAACAGCUGCUGAUAUAGAACAAAAGGUGGCUGAGGCUAAGAUUACUUCAGUUGAGAUUGACCAGGCAAGAGAGUAUUACCGACCAGCAGCUGCUAGAGCUAGUUUAUUGUACUUCAUUUUAAACGAGCUCAAUACUAUAAAUCCGAUUUAUCAAUUUUCCUUAAAGGCUUUUAAUGUAGUCUUCCAGAAAGCAAUAGCAAAAGCUGAUCCUGCAGACACUGUCUCAGCUAGGGUGAACAAUUUAAUAGAUUGUAUUUCAUUUUCUGUUUUUCAGUAUACAACAAGGGGUUUAUUUGAAAGUGAUAAGUUAAUAUUUGCGGCUCAGAUGACGUUUCAGAUUCUGUUAAUGAACCAAGAAAUAAUGACGAACGACUUAGAUUUUCUGCUUAGAUUCCCCAUAAAGCCCCAUGUGACCAGUCCUGUCGAGUUUUUAUCUAAUAGUUGUUGGGGAGGAGUUUGUAGUCUAGCCACAAGAGACGAGUUUAGAAAUUUGGAUCGAGAUAUUGAAAACUCACCUAAAAGAUGGAAAAAAGUCGUGGAAUGUGAAUGCCCAGAAAGAGAAAAGUUUCCUCAGGAAUGGAAAAACAAGACUGCCUUGCAAAGGCUUUGUAUGAUGCGGGCUUUAAGACCUGAUAGAAUGCUUUAUGCCAUAAUUGCGUUUAUUGAGGAGAAACUUGGAACAAAAUAUGUCGGAAAUAAAACGGUGGAAUUUUCGAAAUCUUACGAAGAAACUAGCCCAACAACUCCAAUUUUUUUCAUACUAUCUCCGGGAGUUAAUCCUCUUAAAGAUGUGGAAGAAUUAGGGGAAAAACUAGGGUUUACUAUGGAAAAACAGAACUUCCACAAUGUCUCUUUAGGUCAGGGCCAGGAAACAGUAGCUGAAAAAGCGAUGGAAACGGCUGCAAAACAUGGCCACUGGGUUGUCUUACAAAACAUACAUUUGGUAAAAAAGUGGCUGCCUACGUUAGAGAAGCAUUUAGAAAAGCACGCCGAAGGUGCCCAUACAGAUUACAGAGUGUUCAUGAGCGCAGAACCUGCUGCGUCUCCGGCUGGCCACAUUAUUCCCCAAGGAAUCCUAGAAUCGUCGAUAAAAAUCACGAACGAGCCUCCAACAGGCAUGCAAGCGAACAUUCACAAAGCCCUUUCAAAUUUUAACCAAGAAACUCUAGAACAGUGCAGCAAAGAAGCCGAAUUUAAAGUCAUCCUGUUUUCUUUGUGUUAUUUCCACGCCGUGGUAGCUGAGAGACGAAAAUUUGGACCCCAGGGAUGGAACAAAAUGUACCCUUUUAAUGUGGGAGAUUUAACAAUAAGCGUUUUCGUACUCUACAAUUAUUUGGAAGCAAACUCGAAGGUUCCUUGGGAAGAUCUUAGGUACUUGUUUGGUGAAAUCAUGUAUGGGGGUCACAUUACUGAUGAUUGGGAUAGGAGAUUGUGCAAUACGUACUUAGAAGAAAUACUUCAGCCUGAUCUGGUUGACGGUGAAUUAAUGCUAGCCCCAGGAUUUAUGGCACCCCCAAACACAGACUACCAAGGAUAUCAUUCAUAUAUCGACGAGAUAUUACCUCCAGAAUCGCCAUAUUUGUACGGCCUUCACCCAAAUGCCGAGAUAGGUUUCCUAACUACUACCGCUGACAAAUUAUUUAAAACAGUUUUUGAAAUGCAACCAAGAGACGCGGGUUCUUCGGGAGGCACUACUAUAACACGCGAGGAAAAAGUUAAACAGAUGGUUGAUGAAAUGAUAGAAAAACUUCCAGAAGACUUCAAUAUGGUUGAAAUUAUGGGCAAAGUGGAGGAGAGGACUCCUUACGUAAUCGUGGCCUUCCAGGAAUGCGAAAGAAUGAAUUUGCUGACUGGGAAAAUUAAACAAACUCUUAAGGAGCUUGAGUUAGGGUUAAAGGGUGAACUUACCAUCACUUCUGACAUGGAGGAUUUAGAGAAUGCUAUUUUUUUGGACCAGGUGCCUCCAACGUGGUCAGAACGAGCCUACCCUUCGUUAUUGGGUCUUACAGCGUGGUUUAUUGACUUACUUUUGAGGAUAAGAGAACUGGAAACCUGGUCUACAGAUUUUGUGCUACCUGCAUCUGUUUGGUUGGGUGGUUUUUUCAAUCCUCAAUCACUUCUAACCGCGAUAAUGCAAAGUACUGCCAGGCGAAAUGAAUUGCCUUUAGACAAAAUGUGCCUGCAAUGCGAUGUAACAAAAAAACAAAAAGAAGAAUUCACGAGUGCACCCCGGGACGGUGCGUACGUGCACGGGUUGCAUAUGGAAGGUGCAAGGUGGGAUGUCCAGGCUGGGAUAAUAAUGGACUCUAGACUAAAAGAACUGUAUCCCGCCAUGCCGGUGAUAAACAUAAAAGCCAUUACACAGGACAAGCAGGAUUUAAGGAAUAUGUACGAAUGUCCUGUGUACAAAACUAAGACGAGGGGACCCACUUUCGUCUGGACUUUUAAUUUGAAAACUAAGGACAAACCGGCCAAGUGGACUUUGGCAGGAGUGGCUUUAUUAUUACAAACCUGAAUUUUUAUGUACCUAGUUUAAAAUAAAGCAAGAACACUUUUUCCUAAACAUUACAUAGCAUAUAUUCAAAUAAGAGACUAAUUACAGUAUUGAUAAAUUAUACAUUUGCAUGUUUUUACAUUAUAUUCUAAGAGUGAAGGAAAAACACUUUACAUCGUUUAUAGAGCAGAAAUAAGAGUUAUUCGAUUUUCAGCAGAUCUUUUUCGUAAAAAAAUAAACACAUAAACUUAUUUCAAUAUUAAACAUUUAAUGUUUUACAUGGCUCUAUUUUCUGUUAUUGUUUAAUAUAUUUUAAAUAAAGCAACAAAAUACAUAAAUGAACAUUAUCUUUCUUCCUUAACUAAAUUUUAAUUUCCUCUCUACGUUCCUUAAGCGUUAACCAAGAACAAAGGAGGAUAUUAAAAUGGGUUCAACAUAAAAUAAA